AUGGCCAGCACUAGUAGUAAAGGUAUGGGAAAAAACAUAUCAACUGUUGUAGACGGUGGUGGAAAAGGCUUGGGCAAGAAUGCACCGGCCGCAAAGAAAGCUGGUCUCCAAUUUCCAGUUGGACGUAUUCAUCGUCAUCUUCGAAAAGGAAAUUACGUGCAUCGCAUCGGUUCUGGAGCACCUGUUUAUCUUGCCGCAGUUCUUGAAUAUUUGUCAGCGGAAAUACUUGAACUUGCUGGUAAUGCCGCACGAGAUAACAAGAAAUCAAGGAUUAUUCCUCGACACCUUCAAUUAGCUAUACGUAACGAUGAAGAAUUGAACAAAUUACUUGGACACGUUACUAUUGCUCAAGGCGGUGUCUUGCCUAACAUUCAUCAAAACUUAUUGCCAAAGAGAUCCAAGAAAGCUGAAAAAAAUGCUCAAGCCCCACAACCAGAAGGUGAUGACGAAGAAGAAGCAUAA